AAUAAGACAGUCGAUCGCCCGCGGCAGACGUAGCGGGCCAGCAGGCCGAGCGGAAGCAUCGAACCGGCAGCAGCAGGAGGAGCACGAGGUAAACGCGCCACCGUAAAUGCACGGCGGGUAGUAGGGCCUGUGAGGGCCAGGCCUCGACGAGGGAAGCACAAUCUCAAACUCAGAGCCAAUAUGAUCUCCGCGCUGACGAUUGUGCUGCUGGCACUGCCCCUGGUGCUGUACGUCGUCGACAAGGUGCGCAGGACCAGCAAGCUGGCCCACCUGGCGGGACCCAGCUACCCGCUGCCCCUCCUCGGCCACCUGAAGGAUAUGUUCGGCCCCCGGGCCACCUUCCUCGACCGCUGCAACGCCUUCCUUCAGCGAUGGGGCCCGGAGCCCGUCAAGUUUUGGGUCGGCGAGACGCCGUCCGUUUCGCUCACCCGGCCCGAGGACCUGGAGCCACUGCUCAGCUCACAACGCGAGGUGUUCAAGCCCGACCAGAUGUACAAGGCCGUGAGUGGCUUUUUCGGAGACGGCCUUAUCACCCUAAACGGCGACCAAUGGUUCGCGCACCGCCGCGCCCUGACCCCUGCCUUCCAUUUCAAAGUGCUGGAGCGGUACGCGGGCAUCUUCACGCGGCGCGCGGCCGCGUUGGCGGAGCAGCUGUCCUCCGAGGUGCCAGCCGGGCAGAGCUUCAACAUCGUGCGCCCGCUCGGCGCCUUCGUGAUCGGCAGCAUCAUGGAGACGGCGUUCGGCAUCGACGCCGCGACCGACGAGUCGCACCGCUCCGACACGAUGGACAGGCUGGUCCGCGCCACCGAGGACGCCUUCUUCAUCGUCAUGCACCGCAUCUUCCACCCCUGGCUGCUCAUCGACUUCGUGUUCAAGCUGACGCCGCACGGCCGCGUGGCCCGGGACCACGAGGACAUCAUCUGCGACAUGACGCGGAGGGUCAUCGCCGCCAAGAAGGCGCAGCUCAAGCAGGGCGCCAAAGACGCGGCGGCCGACCAGGACGACGUCAAAGGAGCCGUGGACGACGACGACGGGGUUCGCAAAAAAUUUACCUUCCUGGACAUGGCUUUGGGUGACAAGUCCCUCGUCCUGUCCGACAAGGAGAUCAUCGAGGAGGUGCGCACGCUCAUCGCAGUGCAGCAGACGACGGCGUCCACGCUCAGCUUCAUCGCCGUCAUGCUCGCGCUCAACCCGGAGGUGCAGGAGCGCGCCCGCGCCGAGGUCCGCGAGGUGGACGCCGUGGAGGGCCUGCUGCCGCUCGACCGCCUCAAGCGGCUCAAGUACGUGGAGCGGGUCAUCAAGGAGACGCUGCGCCUCUUCCCCGUCACGGCCGCCUUCGGCAGGAAGCUGAAGAGCGAGGUGAAGCUGCCCACCCAGACCAUCCCCGCGGGCGUGGUGAUCAACAUGUUCGUGUACCGGACGCACCGCGACCCCCGCCACUGGCCCGAGCCCGAGCGGUUCGACCCGGACCGCUUCCUGCCCGAGCAGUGCGCGGGCCGCCACCCCUACGCCUACGUGCCCUUCAGCGCGGGGCCGCGCAACUGCAUCGGCCAGCGCUACGCCAUGCUGCAGAUGCUGGCCGUCGUGUCGGCGUGGCUCGCGCGCUUCCGCUUGCUGCCCGGGGACGGCUGCGAGUCGCGCGAGGCCCUGCGCGUCAACAUGGACAUCUUCCUCUGCAUCGAGGGCGGCGCCAACGUGAGGCUCGAGCCGCUCGAGGCCUAAGGCCGAGCUUUGUCGGCCGACAUCUGCGGGGGGAGCGAGACCAGAUAGAGAUCGAUAGACUGAGAGAUGACGUACAUUCUGACUAAAAGUUUAUUGUGUUGUUGGCGAUGGCACGAAGAAGAUGACGUAUCUCACGCCGAAAAGUAUACGAAUGGCGUUUACAAUAUCAUAUGCUGAUCACAUAUGUUAUUAACUUAUCACUUUAAAUUAUCAGUCACAUACAGAAAAAAGUUAUUUCCAUUUUCUAUACAUGACCGUGUAUAUACACUCUUAGAAAUACAAAAUCACAAGAGGUUUUUUUUUCGCGACAAUACAGCAGCAAAUUAACAAGCCA